AUGGAUAAUGGUGUGGACUUUGAUGUUAAGUUAGUAGCAAUUAUACUUAUCUUUCAUGUCAAUACAUAGUUUUAAAAAAUGCCCAAAAAGGCCAAAUACACUCAUAAUAUACCGAGGUAUGAGAUGGCAAGAUUGUAUAGAAUGAGGCAAAACCAAGAGAUAAUUGAUGCUUUGGGAUUGAAGCACAUCUCAACUUCUCUAAAAGAUUCUGCUCAGUCCAAUUGUGCAAAAGGGAAAAGAAGUAGAACUAAUAUUGUGGUAGAUGAUGAUUAUGUACCACCUAUUGGUGACGAUGACAAUGAUGAUGAGUCAUCUAAUUCUGUAAUCCAUAAGAUGGCACCAGGACGACUUACAUGCUCGCGAGGUGAGGCAUCUAUCCCGGUGGUCCAAUCUACAGAAACACCUCUUGAAGCAAAUCCUCCCGCCCAAAGUUCUUCUAGUGCGGAGGCAUUAACUAACACGACUGGAUCUACUAGCAGAACUACUCGUGGUAUAACAGUACAGACAUUUGUUGAAAAAAGUGGUAAACUGCCAAUACGUAUAGCUACAGAGUAUAAUGCUCCUGUUGGGAAGAAUGUGUGCAAGCUAAUCAAUCAAAUUGCCGUAUAA